GAGCCCGACAGUUGCGCCACUCACGCUUGGGGGAGCGUUAACAAGACAGCGGCGCAAGCCAAUCGCAACCAGUCCUCUGGAGGCCGGGAGACCGGGGUGGAGACUUCGGAGACUGCCGUGGCAGUUCUAAGAACAUAUGGAAUUGGCUAUGGAUAGCUCAUAUGAUUUCAGUCGACGAAGCUCAUGUAAUGGAAUUCCAUCUGAGAAGAAAAACAACUUCCUUGUAUCAGAGGAUCAUGGACAGAAAAUCUUAAGUGUACUACAGAAUUUUAGAGAACAAAAUGUCUUUUAUGAUUUCAAAAUAAUCAUGAAAGAUGAAAUAAUCCCAUGUCAUCGUUGUGUGUUAGCGGCAUGCAGUGACUUUUUCAGGGCUAUGUUUGAAGUAAACAUGAAAGAAAGAGAUGAUGGAAGUGUUACCAUUACUAAUUUAUCUUCCAAAGCAGUAAAAGCAUUUCUUGAUUAUGCCUAUACUGGAAAAACUAAAAUAACAGAUGAUAAUGUGGAAAUGUUCUUUCAGUUGUCAUCAUUUCUUCAAGUUUCCUUCCUAUCCAAAGCUUGCAGUGACUUUUUAAUAAAAAGUAUCAAUCUUGUCAAUUGUUUACAAUUAUUAUCUAUAUCAGAUAGCUAUGGCUCUACCAGUUUGUUUGAUCAUGCAUUAUACUUUGUACAACAUCACUUUUCUCUAUUAUUUAAAUCCAGUGAUUUCUUAGAGAUGAAUUUUGGAGUACUACAAAAAUGUCUGGAAUCAGAUGAAUUAAAUGUCCCCGAAGAAGAAACAGUACUGAAGGUUGUCCUUACCUGGACUAAACAUAAUUUAGAAUCAAGACAAAAAUAUCUGCCUCAUUUGAUUAAAAAAGUAAGAUUGCAUCAGUUAUCUGAGGAGACACUUCAGGACUGUCUGCUCAAUGAGGAGUAUUUACUCAAAACUACAAACUGCUUUGACACAAUCGUGGAUGCAGUUAAGUGUGUGCAAGGUUCUGGUGGACUCUUCCCAGAUGCUCGGCCAUCCACGACUGAAAAAUAUAUAUUCAUUCACAAAACUGAGGAAAAUGGAGAAAAUCAAUAUACAUUUUGCUAUAAUAUUAAAACGGAUUCAUGGAAAAUACUGCCGCAGUCACACCUGAUUGAUUUGCCAGGCUCUAGUCUUUCUAGUUAUGGAGAGAAGAUCUUCUUGACAGGUGGUUGCAAAGGGAAGUGUUGUAGGACGAUUCGACUGCACAUUGCUGAGUCAUAUCAUGACGCCACUGAUCAGACCUGGUGCUACUGUCCAGUCAAAAAUGAUUUCUUCUUGGUAUCAACAAUGAAAACACCAAGAACCAUGCAUACGUCAGUUAUGGCUCUCGAUAGAUUAUUUAUCAUAGGUGGAAAAACUAGAGGAUCUCGGGACAUUAAAAGUCUUUUAGAUGUUGAGUCUUACAACCCUCUUUCCAAAGAAUGGAUAUCUGUUAGCCCAUUACCCAGAGGCAUAUACUAUCCAGAAGCAAGUGCAUGCCAAAAUGUAAUUUAUGUUCUUGGAUCAGAGGUAGAGAUUACAGAUGCUUUUAACCCAUCACUUGAUUGCUUUUUUAAAUACAAUGCUACGACUGAUCAGUGGUCUGAACUAGUAGCAGAGUUUGGGCAAUUUUUUCAUGCAACACUAAUUAAAGCUGUCCCUGUAAACUGCACACUGUAUAUAUGUGACCUUUCUACCUAUAAGGUUUAUAGUUUUUGUCCAGAUACUUGUGUUUGGAAGGGUGAAGGAUCUUUUGAGUGUGCAGGCUUUAAUGCAGGUGCAAUUGGAAUUGAAGAUAAAAUUUAUAUACUAGGUGGUGAUUAUGCACCAGAUGAAAUCACAGAUGAAGUGCAGGUAUACCACAGCAGCAGGUCUGAGUGGGAAGAAGUUUCACCAAUGCCAAGAGCCUUAACUGAAUUUUACUGCCAGGUGAUUCAGUUUAAUAAAUACAGAGACCCGUGGUUUUCUAAUCAUUUGUAAAAGUGAUGUGCUUGGACAUCCUAAAACUAUUCUAGUUCUAGUAACCUACGGUAAAUGUGUUAACCGUUAUUACUGGUAAAAGGGUCUUCACAUUUUAAUAAAAUGCUCGUGCUGUCAGAGAGUUACUAAGUAUGUACACUAUAUCUGAAUAAACAAUUCCCCAAAACAAAAUAUAUUUUACCAAAAAUUAUGUUGUAUAUAAUUUAAUCUUGGAGAAUCCAGAAUAGUUAGUAUUUUUAUAUGUAAGUAAAUAUCAUAGACUUUGGCACUUUUAUUUUCACUUUAUCCAUGAAAUACUACUAAAAACAAAGUACACAGAUUUGUACUAUUAAGAUGGGAGAAAUCUCUUGAGGGAAUAAGAUGAAUUAUUUACACGGUAUAUUAUAUGAAAUAAAAAAUAAAUUAGAAAGGUGAGAAUCCUACCUCUUUAUUGCAAAGGUAAGAGUUGAAUUCAUAUCAUUUCUGAUCAUUGUUUAACUUCUUUAAAGCACUUAUCACAUUUUUUCAGAUUUUUUAAAAAAUGCAGUAUAUUUCCCAAGCCUUCUAAGCAGUACACUAAAUAUAAUUUAUCUUUUAAAAUGACUGUUCUUUUCAUUAAGAGCAUAAUGUGCAAUGUUGCAAUUCCAUCAGCAGUUAUGUAAAUGCUUUUGAAAAUACCGAUUCUAUUAGUUUUCAGUGUCAGUUUCAAUUUCUAGCAGUAUUCUCUUUUUUUCCUGGUUCAGACUUAGUAAAUUAACAUUCUUGAUCUAAUUAGUAGUUCUAAGUUCCACCUGGCCUGGGUUUAUCUUAACCAUUGUAAAAUUCAUUGAGUGAAGUUCUUAGACUCUAAGACUGGCA